GCUGGCAUUACUCAUCCCAAUCUCCCACCUGUUGGAGCCUCAUUUGGAAAGUUGGGCAUGUUAAGGACUGAACGACAGGACUGAUAGAAAAAGCUGCAAAGAGACCUUUGAAGUUUCCAGCUGCAGGUACCUGCUCUGACAGCAGGGAGGGUGUGAGAGCCACAUCCCUGUGAAAAGAAGUGGAAUUCAAGUUUCACGUGCCAUCUGCUGGCCCAAACUCUUAAUAUCAGGAAACCCCAACCACCAAACCACACCAUGGCUCAUUAUGACUCGCUAGAUGACAAGGACUCUGUGGAUAUUCAUGACAACCCACCUCUCCCUGAAAACGUGGUGAAAGAAGAGGACAACACGGUAUAUUUCAUCUAUGAUGAGGAGGUAGAAGAGGAAGACAAAGAGGAACCUCCUCCUCCUGAACCAGUCAGACCAGUCAACGACAAGCCCCACAAGUUCAAGGACCACUACUGCAAGAAACCAAAGUUUUGUGAUGUCUGUGCACGCAUGAUUGUUUUAAACAAUAAGUUUGCAUUGCGAUGUAAAAACUGCAAAACCAGCAUCCACCACCAGUGCCAGUCCUACGUAGAGUUCCAGAGGUGUUUUGGCAAAAUACCUCCAGGCUUCAGAAGAGCCUACAGCUCUCCUCUCUACAGCAGUCAGCAGAAUGCCACAGUCUCACAGCUGCUGCCCUUCUCACAGUCAAACCGCACUGAUCCCGUGUUUGAGACGUUGCGAGUCGGUGUGAUUAUGGCCAACAAGGAGCGUAAGAAAGGAUCAGAGGACAAGAAGAACAUGAUGAUGAUGAUGAUGGAGGAAGAUGAGUCCCAGCCCAAGCAGGAGGAUGAAGGAGGUGAAAGAGCAAACACAGAAGGAGACAAAAGGGGAGACAAAGCUCCUGCAGAUGAUAAGAGUAAAAAGCCACAGCCUGGGAAGAUCGGCGUGUUCAGUCAGGCUCACUACUACUUGGCUCUGUAUCGCUUCAAGGCCGUAGAAAAGGAUGAUUUGGACGUUCAUGCUGGUGAUCGCAUCACAGUGAUAGAUGACUCCAACGAGGAAUGGUGGAGGGGGAAGAUCGGAGAGAGAACAGGGUUCUUCCCUGCCAAUUACAUCAUCCGAGUGCGAGCAGGAGAGAACGUCUACAAGGUGACUCGCUCCUUCGUUGGUAACAGAGAGAUGGGCCAAAUCACUCUCAAGAAAGACCAGAUUGUGGUGAAGAAGGGUGAGGAGGUCAACGGCUACCUGAAGGUCAGUACAGGUCGAAAGCUUGGCUUCUUUCCCACCAACCUGCUGCAGGAGAUUUAAGGGGGCGCCGCAGGUGUUUUGGCAAACAUCUGGCCAGGCCCCAUGUCAGUUUUAUCAUCUGCUGUGACAUUUUUUCUGAUCAUGCACUUCUGAACAGGACUGUGCACAGGUUACUAUCACAAACUGGAUUAUAACCACACAUUUCUUCUUCGUUUUUAAAAAAUCUAUAAUGUUGUCUGACAAAAUUACUGAGUUAUUGUUACUGUUUUUUGGUUUUGUUUUGUUUUGGUUUUGGUUUUUUUAGGAGAUCUGCUUUUUAGGUUGCCCUUCACAGAUUGUUCUAAAUGCCUGUGCUGAACUACUUUAUCAUGUAUGUGUGAGCAAAACUACAUUUAGAAAAAUUCUCCAUGAAAACUGGGCCUGGUGAUAAAAUAAUUGUUGUGUAUUUUGUUGUUUUAUACCAAGCACUUCCACGAGAAAUAUGAUGGUAUCUUUGCAGUCAAAAUCAUUUUUUAAAAAUAAAUAUAAUAAUAUUAAUGUGCUGCUGGUCCAACGGUUAUUUCUACCAACAAUAAUUGGCAUUCUCCUGUGAAUGUUGAAAAAGAAUUUAGGUAAUAAUUAUUCUUCUGAGUAUUCCUUUUGAAUUUGUACAAAAACAAGUCUGAAAUUUGUUUCACCAUAAAAAGAAACAACAUUUUUAUUCGAGUUUUAUUUGUGAUGUCUCGUAUUUGUUGAUUAUUGGUGUUACUUUGCCAAACUACAUGAUUUGGGAAAGAAAGCUUCAUUGAUUGGAACAUUUGACAUAUAGACCCUUCUGUAAAUAUUGGCACUGUUUAUUCUCACAUUGCCCAUCAGCAAAUGUGAAUUAAUCACAAAUGGAGCGCAUAUAUGAAUUCUAACUACUGUGUACUGUAUUUGGUAAUAAAUAUAAUUAAUCAAA